CUUCCCUCCCCCUCCCUUCUUGUUCUAAAAGAGAGAGAGAGAGAGAGAGAGAGAGAGAGAGGGAGAGAGAGGGAGAGAAAGUUUUGAGAAUUUUACUUUUCUAUUCACUGUAGUCCUGGCCAAAGUAAAGCCCUCUUUUACAUUGACGUCAAGAUCUUUACUAAGAUUAGGGUUUCAUUUCUCUAUUGCAGCAAUUAGCCAGGGAAUGUAUAAAAGGCUUGAGGGAACCAAGCGAGGACUCCAGAGGAAAAGCACUUUGUACCACAGGCAGAUAGCGAGAGGCAGAGAGACGGAAGAGUGGCAGGGAGAGAGAGGCUGAGCAGAGCCAGCCCAGCCAGCGAGGGAAGAGCAGAAAGUUUGUGUGCAAAGACUUUCCUCUAGAGCCCUCCCUUGACAGGAAAAAAAAGUAUUAUUUCACCUGAUAGCUCCGGUAAUAAAAGAAUGAGAAAACUACUGAAAUAGGAGAAAAUUAGAGGAAAGUUAGCCUGUUCCGUUUCAAUUUUAGAAUUACAGGCAAUUGGCAGCCCAGCUCUCUCUCUCUCUCUCUCUCUCUCUCUCUCUCUCUCUCUCUCUCUCUCUCUCUCUCUCUCUCUCUCUCUCUCUCUCUCUCUCUCUGUUUAGAGGACUGCAAAGGGCUUCUGGCUAAGUAAAAACAACAGUAGUUUGAGUUAGAGUUUUUGAAAAAUUAAAAGCAGCUCAGGGUGGAAAAACGUUCAUGUUGGCGUGGUGCUUCCCUUUUUCUUUCUUUUUUCUUUUUCUUUUUCUUUUAAGCGGCUCUACUGAAGUGAGAACUGAGCCAACUUUGAAAGAGAGCUAACGGAGCACUAUGAAUUUUUAAAAAGCCCCUUAUGUUUUAUUAUGUUUUAUUAUUGUUUUUCAUGAGGGCACACAGGGUAUGAAAAGGGAACUCAGAGGAACUCCUUGAAGAGGAAGAGCAAGCAACAUGGGUUUGUUAAGCAUUGACCUGUUGAUCACACUUCAGAUCCUGCCGAUUUUUUUCUCCAACUGCCUUUUCCUCGCCCUCUAUGACUCGGUGGUCCUCUUGAAGCACAUGGUGCUUCUUCUCAGCUGCUCCAAGGCUGCACGUGGUGAAUGGCGAAGGAUGCUCACAUCAGAGGGCUUGCGCUGCGUCUGGAAUAGCUUUCUCCUAGAUGCCUACAAGCAGGUGAAAUUGGGUGGAGAUGCUCCUAAUUCCAAUGUCAUCCACAUACCUAAUGGCACUGUUGAAAGCAGCAGCAACAACUGCAGAUGGAAAAGCUCCAUGGGAAAAUAUGGUAGUGAAUGCCAUCUCUUAGACUUUGCCAAAUCAGAGCGCCCACUUGUAAUCAACUUUGGGUCAGCUACCUGACCUCCCUUCACAAACCAGCUGUCUGCCUUUGGCAAGUUGGUGGAAGAGUUCUCUAGUGUGGCUGACUUUCUGUUAGUCUACAUUGAUGAGGCUCACCCAUCAGAUGGCUGGGCUGCUCCUGGUAUCUCAUCUUCAUUUGAAGUCAAGAAACAUAGGAACCAAGAAGACAGAUGUGCUGCUGCUCACCAGCUUCUAAAGAAGUUUUCUUUGCCACCGCAGUGCCAGAUAGUGGCUGAUUGCAUGGACAAUAAUGCCAAUGUGGCUUAUGGAGUCUCCUUUGAGCGUGUAUGCAUUAUACAAAGACAAAAAAUUGCUUACCUGGGGGGGAAAGGCCCUUUUUUCUACAAUCUUCAAGAGGUUCGACUUUGGCUGGAGCAAAACUUCAGGAAAAGAUGAAAUCCAAAUUUACCAGAUAAGAAGUCAAGAGGACUGUCCUUUUAAAAUAAUGCAAAAAGAAAACAAGUUGCAUUUUGUUUUGAAUAGGAUUUUUCUGCUUUUGGGGACAAAACAGGCCUAGUAAAAAGUUUAAAUGCACAAAGUGGUUACAAACAACAAUGAAUUCUCAGUUGCUCUCUGAAAAAGAGCUGAGAUUUUUUUUCCUUUCAUAGAAUAAGACUUCUGAGUUUUUUUGUGCCAUGAGAUGUAGAAGCACCCAAAACCAUUAUUUCCAUAAGGUUUAUGAAGAAUGAGAUAAAAAUCACUUUGUCCUUCAGAAAUCAUCCUGUUACAUUCCAUCAUAGCAUGUUCAGAAUCUAAAGCUUGCCAGUUAUCAUGAAACAAUUAUUUUAGUUUGUUGUAGUAAAGUACCAUUUGGUAGAUAUUCCAGAUUCCAGCAUCUUCUAUAAAUCAGAUAGUUAAUUGCUUUCUUAAUUGCUAAAAUAAGAACUGGUAUUCACUCUGCUUUAAUACUUUUUGUUUUUGCAAUGUAGUAUAGCUUGCAAUUUGGAAAUCUUUUACUUUGAUUCUAACUCUUUCAGUGUUUCAAAGACAAAGAAUUCUGUAAGAGCAGGUUAUACCCUAACUUGCAUUGCAUGAUUAAGCUGAAAUAUCUCCUAGCAACAGUCAUCAUGGAAAUUACUUAGGCUGUUCUGAAUCUUAGUUUAUAUCUCCCAAAGUGAAUUUCUUAAUAAUUUUGAAGUAGUGAAGACUAUUGUGUUUUGAGCCAAUUCAGAGAAUCUAGCUCAAAUGGAUUUCUACCAUUCGUUAUCUAUAAUAGAAAUAAUUUAUGUUGAAAAACUUGUCUCAAUCAACUGACAGUUUCUUUUGUCUGCCCCAAACCCAAUUCUCAGAAUUUUGUUGUGAAAAUCACUAUUAGACUUAUUCUGUCUGAGCCUGGAUAUAUCCAGGACAAUUAUGCAAUCAGGUGUGCAAUUGAUUUCUCCUAUCCAAUUCCUAUAACUGUUUUGUGAAAAGCAUGCUUCAGUAAAUAUCACUUAUUGCAAAAAAAAAAAAUAGCUUGUGCUUUCUGCCAGCAGAAACUAAUUUUUGAAAGUAAGCUCUUCAGGCGAAAAACAUUAACACUUGAAGUAUUUUCUUUCAACUUAAACUUAGCCUUUAAGGCUCAUCUCAUGGCCAUCUUAUUUCUCAUUAUCACAUUAUUUGGGGGUGGGACACACAAGGAUUUCAGAGGGUGCAAACUACCUGUAAAUCUUCAUCCUUUGUUGAUUCCCACAUGGAGCUUUCACCUGGUGGAUCAUUACAAGUGAAAAAGUGGUUGGGAUCAUGGAAGUGGUAUGGGUUGGUAUUUUGUAUUGGAUCACAUAAGGAGCAAUCAUGAGAACAUUACCUUGCAUUCUUUCUGCACUGAGGUAAUGUCUGAGCAAUGUAUUGCAAGGUUAUCUCCAUGUAAGAAAAAAAAUAUAUUGUGUGUAUCACCAUCUUUUGGGAACGUUGAUGGGAGAAUGCCCAGAAUCAUAUCCAAUAUAGAAACAAACUUGUUUUAUGUUAAGCCUGGAUGCAUGGAUGGAAACUUUCAGACUUGCCUUCUUCUUCUUCUUUUUCUUCUUCUUCUUUUUUUUUUACAAAUUCAACAACAGUGCAGUUAAUAUUAGCUGUUAAUGUAUAAUUUUUUUAAAAAAAAUAAUUUAUUGCAUUUGAAAAUAGUGCAAGUGGUGUAUCUUUCUGUGAGGAUAAAGAAGGAGAAUGAAAAAUGAAAAAAAAAAUGAAAAGGGGAAGACAUGCUACUUUAUUGGGACUGAGAUUUUAUUCAUUAAUUAAUGUGGUUGGCUUGAUGCAAUUCUUGUUGAUGCAUUGUUUGCCCUUCAACCCAAUAACCUGAAAUUAGCUUUUAAUCACAUUAAUUUAAUGUGAAACAGAUUUCAGCUUUAGAACUGAUGAACUGCAGAGCUGUAGAAAGCUAAAUCCUUUGUCCACCUUCCAUUUUAAAUAAUAAUAAUUUCCUCUUAAAUACUAAUUUUGGCCUCAUAGCUACUAUCCCUCUUCAUCUGCCUGUCUCUCUAUCCCACCCAUUAAAUGGAUGACAAAAAUGGAAUGAGUGUUAAUGAAAUAGUUGGGAUGUUCGAAUUUGGAAGAAGAUGACAAAGUGGAAUGGUUUUGAGAGAAGGCUGGGUGGUAUUUUCCCAAUAGAUCUUCUGCACAAAAUGCAUUGAAAUAAGUAAAGUGAGUAGAGUAGCCCUGUUAGCACAAUGGAUCCAUUUGCCCAUUUUUAUUCAAAGUGCAUAAAGAUUGUGAAAGAAAAGAGAAGGGGUAAAAGUCCUUUUCUGAGGACAAAACUCAGAGAAGGGCGAGAAAGCAUUAACAAGCAAUUAAGUUUUCACUGCUUCCUUAUGGUACCAUUGUUCUGAUAUUGGUCAAGAAUUCUUUUAAUACACAAUACAUGUUUUAGAUUAUGUUCCCCUCCAAUGAAAGGAUACAAACUUGACAGUGGGAUAUGAAUGCUAUUUUUUUUUCUGUGUCCACUUUUUUCUUUGCUUCUCUUUUACAGGAGUACAACACAUGGGCACACAAUUAUAGAGAAAGAUGUCAGAGGAGCCGAGAAUGAAUGUACUAAAAGGCUGACAGAUGGUGGAUGAGGAGGUAGCAUAUGUUGUUACAGUUUGAAAAAUUUAAGGACUUGGUGAAGGUAUAGAGGCAGACAGUUGCAGGAAAGUAGUAUUUUAAUUUAGGAUGGGGAGCAUUGCUAAAAUAUGAAACUAGCAAUCAUUAAUAUAAAUGAAAUGCUCAUCUUUUCAAACAGUAACCUGUUGGCAGGGACACAAAACAUAUUUCUUAGCAAAUAAUUUCAGUGGCAUUCUUUUAAAAAUGAUCUUCCAGGGAGCAGAUUCCCUAAUGUUUCUCUUAAAUUGGUUUGGUUUUUUUUUUUUUUUUACUUCUCCUUACUUUGCCAUUAUGACAUACCGGUAGUUCUUGACUUAUGACUGUAAUGGAGCCUGGAAUUUCUGCAAUAUGGCAUGUUGAUUGUAAGUCAAGGCCACCACAGGACAGACCCAAUUUUAGCACCAUUUUUGUGGCAGUAAUUAAGUAAAUAUGGUGGUCAUAAAACAACCCUGAAACCAUUAAGUGAAUGCUACAGUUAUUAAGCGAAUGCCAUAAUUGUUAGGUGAACCAUUGUCUGCAAUGGCAGUUUUUGCUGGAAACCAGCUGUAAAUGCUGAUUUCUGGUUUAAAAGAAUGUAUAAAUCACAGUUGUGUGAUGGUGGGACAGAUGGCCAUAAUGCAGGCAAGUUCACCAAUGCCCAAAAUACAAUUAUGUAACUGCUGGGGGGGGG